GUGCCCAGUUAAAUGAGCAGUUAAAUUGAAACGGAGGGAGUAUAAUUUAUUAAAAUCCAAUAGGCUCUUGCUAUUUCUCUGCUUCUCUCUCCUCCGCCUUUCAAUGCGGGAAGCAGAUGUUUCCCGUUGAACCCAUAAUUCUGCUGGAAUUAUCAGGUUGAGCAUCUGAGGGAUGGACACCUAUGAAAAAGAUGAGGCGCCGAUGUUAUCACCAUCAUAUCCACAGUCUGACGAAAAUGACGGCUUCCAAAAUCGACGUUUUGCGUACAGGACAAGGAGUGCAUCCCUGUCAAUGCCAAUGAGCUCUAUGGAUUCAUUUGAAAAUGAUAGUAGUUUUGUAGGCUAUACCGGUCCUUUGAGAAGUGAGAGGCGAUCUCCGUUGGUUCAGAUGAGUGGGCCAUUAUAUAUUGGUCGUGAGCCUGUGAAUAGCUUUCGGCGCACUCCUACUGCAGUAGUGGAUAAACCAACUCUGCCUACAACAGAAAAAUAUCCUUCAAUUAGAAGUACAGAACGAAAUGGUUGGCAUAAUACUGACUACACUGGAAAAAAUGAACAUCUGUUGAAGUCUGGACAACUGGGCAUGUGCAGUGAUCCGUACUGCACAACAUGUCCAACCUAUUACCAUUUGAAAGCACGGCAAAGAAAUUCAAAGUCUUCAGAUAUAUUUGAUCACAGGUUCCGUAAUGUGCUGUAUGGAGAUGCAAAAGGAUGGGCGAAGAGAACUUGUACUUUCUUGCAUCCAUAUAUUCCUGGUGUCAUGAAUCCUCAUGCGAAGAUUGUCCAGAAGUGGAACAAAUUUUUUGUCAUCUCAUGCCUAUUUGCAGUGUUUAUAGAUCCCCUAUUCUUCUUUUUGCUUUAUGUCCAUCAGGGGAACAAAUGCAUAGUGCUAAAUUGGCCCCUGACAACAACUGUUGUGAUUUUGAGGAGCAUCACUGAUAUCAUCUACUUAAUGCACAUCCUUCUUCAGUUCCGCUUAGCUUAUGUUGCCCCUGAAUCUAGGGUGGUGGGCGCAGGUGACCUGGAGGACCACCCUAAAAAGAUUGCUAUAAACUAUCUCUCGGGAUACUUUGCUAUUGACUUCUUUAUCGUAUUACCACUUCCUCAGAUCAUCAUACUGUUGAUUUUACCCAUGUCUAUUGCAUCAUCUGGGGCAAAUUAUGCAAAGAAUCUAUUGAGGGCAGCUAUACUACUCCAGUACAUUCCUAGAUUGUGCAGGUUUUUGCCUUUGCUAGCUGGCCAGUCUCCAAGUGGUUUUAUAUUUGAGUCAGCAUGGGCGAAUUUUUUCAUAAAUCUUCUCACUUUUGUUUUAUCAAGCCACGUGGUGGGCUCAUGCUGGUAUCUUUUUGGUUUCCAGAGGGUGAAUCAAUGUCUUCGAGAUGCUUGUCGUGGAUCAAAGAUAGCGAGGUGUAUGGAUUUCAUAGACUGUGGUCAUGGCAAUGAUUACAGAAAGUUUAGUUCGGAGAUAACAUGGGAUCAGUGGAAGAACAAUUCUGAAGCAGUUGCUUGUUUUACUGAUCGUGGUUUUGACUAUGGAAUCUAUGAACAAGCUGUUAAUCUAACCACUGAAAAGAGUGUUGUCACAAGAUAUGUGUACUCAUUGUUUUGGGGCUUCCAGCAAAUUAGUACACUAGCUGGCAAUCAAGUCCCAAGUUAUUUUGUGUGGGAAGUUAUUUUCACAAUGGCUAUCAUCGGAAUGGGACUCCUGCUUUUUGCCCUCCUGAUUGGAAAUAUGCAAAACUUUUUGCAGUCUCUAGAUCGCAGGAGGUUAGAAAUGUCUCUGAGACGUCGUGAUGUUGAACAAUGGAUGAGCCAUAGACGCUUGCCAGUAGAAUUGAGAAGGCAAGUUCAAGAGGCAGAGAGAUAUAAUUGGGCAGCUACCAGAGGGGUCAAUGAAGAAAUGCUACUAGAGAAUCUUCCCGAAGACCUUCAAAGAGAUAUACGGAGGCAUCUUUUUAAAUUCAUCAAAAAGGUUCGAAUAUUCGCACUUCUAGAUGAACCCAUCAUAGAUGCCAUCUGUGAGAGAUUGAGACAGAAAACAUACAUAGCAGGAAGCAAAGUUUUAUACCGUGGUGGUCUAGUUGACAAGAUGGUUUUCGUAAUUCGGGGUAAGAUGGAAAGCAUUGGAGAAGAUGGGAACGUGGCCUCCUUGUGUGAAGGGGAUGCCUGUGGGGAAGAACUCCUCACAUGGUGCCUUGAGCAUUCUUCUAUAAACAGAGAUGGGAAAAAGAUCAGAAUUCCUGGACACAGAUUGCUGAGCAACAGACUGGUUAGGUGCCUGACAAAUGUUGAAGCAUUUAUAUUGCGAGCGUCAGAUCUCGAAGAAGUCACUAAUCUUUUCGCAAGAUUCUUGCGGAGUCCACGCGUUCAAGGUGCCCUAAGGUAUGAAUCUCCAUAUUGGCGAGGGCUGGCAGCAAGGCGGAUACAAGUUGCAUGGAGAUACAGGAAGAAACGUCAAAGCCGAGCAGACUCUUCCAGCCCCCAACACUAAUAUACUAUCAUUGUUAGUUAUUUCUUCUGCAAAAUGCUUAACUUCUUUUUUAGUCUGUAUAUCUAUUUUUUUGUAUGUAGUGGUAAUAUAUAGAGUACUUUGUUGCCAAUCACAACUCAGACUGAAAUUUUGUAUUGAAUAACCCAUAUAUUAACCCAAGAGUACAGUUUUUAAUGUUUGAAAGGUUUUUGAUGGAAAA